AUGUCGGUUUCCAGACUUUCUAGAGGAUCCCUUUUCUCUUCCUACCUUAACAGACACAUUCGUCAGUCCUCGUUUGUGUCCAGACACCUGCUCCAAGCUGUUGCUCCAACGUACAAUUUUUAUGGAUCCAAUAAUUGUAAUAUAUAUGGACGAGAAUUUCGGACUGAGCAUUGGAGCUUUAUUUCAGUGCGUGAAAAUAAUAGAGGGCAUUUGAGGAGUUGUAACUUGGAGAGGUCAUCUUUUUCGAUUAAUCUCCAGCGUUCAUAUGCUAGUCAGGCUUCCCCAGAACAGAAAUCUAAUAAGAUGCUUUUGUGCUUGACGGGAUUGGUUUUUGCAAUGGUAGGGUGUAGUUAUGCUGCUGUUCCUCUAUAUAGGAGGUUUUGCCAGGCUACUGGUUAUGGAGGCACUGUUCAACGUCGUGAGAGUGUUGAAGAAAAGAUAGUUCGCCAUGCCAAAGAAGGAACACUUACCUCCAGGGAGAUUAUUUUGCAGUUCAAUGCUGAUGUGGCUGAUGGAAUGCCCUGGAAGUUUGUUCCAACACAGAGAGAGGUAAGGGUCAAGCCAGGAGAGAGUGCCCUUGCAUUUUACACUGCUGAAAAUCGAAGUUCAACCCCCAUUACUGGUGUAUCUACUUAUAAUGUUACGCCAAUGAAGGCUGCAGUUUACUUCGACAAAAUACAAUGCUUUUGUUUUGAAGAGCAGCGACUACUUCCUGGAGAGCAGAUCGACAUGCCGGUGUUCUUUUAUAUAGACCCCGAGUUUGAAACGGAUCCUAGAAUGGACGGUAUCAACAACUUGAUUCUUUCGUACACAUUUUUCAAGCGUCGCUGGCUUUCAGUGCAUCCAUCCCAACCCAUGGCAUACAUCACCACUCCCUUUUCUUCGGCAUCUUCACCGGUGGUGGGGGUGAGGUUGUCUUGUAAAACUGCACAGCGUCGUUGGCUUUCAGUGCAUCCAUCCCAACCCAUGGCAUACAUCACCACUCCCUUUUCUUCGGCAUCUUCACCGGUGGUGGGGGUGAGUGGUUUCAUCGUCUUCAUCACCAAUAUUGGAAGUUGUUUCAUCUUCUUCAUCACCAAUCUUGCAACCUUGGAAGUGGUUUCAUCGUCUUCAUUACCAAUCUUGGAAGGUCUUCUUGAGAUGACCAGAUUGGCAUGGAAGGGAAUCCAGUGGCUUGAAAAUAGUUCCAAAGAGUUUGCUCUUGCAAUAAAUAUUGUUUAUUCAGUAAAGGAGCUUCAAGUGUUAAAGUUUGAAGAGGGGUACAAUAUGUUCAAGAAAACAAAGAGUACAAUAGGGAAACAUGAUGAUGUCAGCUCUCUGCUGAGGUCUUCUUGA